AUGUGUCAAUUCAGGAUCUGCGAAGAGCGAGCACGCUGGCUGUGCGACGAGCGGCAAUUGCACGGUAUUCCCCCCAUUCCAGCCCCCCUGGUGGCCUCGAGAGUCGCAUGGAAACGCUUCGGGGAGCGUCGCUUAAAAAACGCGUUGAGGCGCAUAAAGGAGAGUGGCUGUGGGGACGCGGGGCGGAAGCAGCAUUGGAGGCAGCAGCGGGUCGACUUGGGCUCUGCAGCGCGCCUCACGCACCCACCAGGAGAUGAGUAUCUCUCCACCAUCCACCCUGGCACUAACCGCUUAUCCGCUUGUCAUUUCGCAUGCCCACUGUUUCACUGCCUCUUCACUCUAGCUGUCCGUAGCACACCCAAGUCCCCCCCUUUUUGUUUAAGUCCCCCUGCUGGCCGCGAGGAGCAUCAGGGGAGUCGCUGUGGGGACGUGGGGCGGAGGCGGGUCUACCUGCGGGUGGUAAGGACCUUCGUCUGCCUGGCGACCGCUUCUCAAGGGGCCCGGGGCGAGCAGGCAGCAGGGAAGGCGAAGGCAGCAGCGGAGGCAGCAGCGGAGGCAGCAGCGGAGGCAGCAGGGAAGGCGAAGGCAGCAAUGGAGGCAGCAGCGGGUGGUCUUGGGCUCUCCAGCAACCAUCAAGUGAAAAAGGAGAUGAGUAUCGUUUCCCCAGCCAACACUCCCUUCGCCUUUGCCGCUUGUCCUUCUGCUUGCUGCCUGUUCUGCUCCCUCGCCGUUCUUGCUGUCUCUCUGCUGGCGUCAGGCGACGUGGGGCGCGGAGGGAGCAACAGAGGGACAGCGGGGGGAGCAGCCGAGGGAGCAGCAGAGGGAGCAGCCGAGGGAGCAGCAGAGGGAGCAGCAGAGGGAGCAGCAGCGGAGCCGGUCGUUUUGGGCUCUGCAGCGCCCUUCACACACCCACCAACAGAUGAGUAUCCCACUCCCCUUGGGUGUGCGACAGCAGCUAUACCUCUUCCAUUCCCCUCUGGUCACUCGCACUCGUCUCUCUCGGACUGGACUGCAUGUGACUCGACCGCACUCCCCCUUGCUCCUGAUGCUAACACCCUCCCUCCCCUCGCUCGCCGGCCCUCCCCUCCCUGUCUCUCAGUGCCUGCAAGUUUCAAGGACCAUCGCUUUGCCUGGCGGACAUGGGACGAGGAGGCGGCAGGGAAGGCAAGGGCAGCAACGGAGGCAGCAAUGGAGGCAGCAGCGGGUCGGCAUGGGCUCUCCAGCAACCAUCAAGUGAAGCGGGAGAUGAAGCUCUGCUGGCGUCAAGCAACGUGGGGCGCGGAUGGAGCAGCGGAUGGAGCAGCGGAGGGAGCAGCAGAGGGAGCAGCAGAGGGAGCAGCAGAGGGAGCAGCAGAGGGAGCAGCAGAGGGAGCAGCGGAGGGAGCAGCAGAGGGAGCAGCAGCGGAGCGGGUCGCUCUGGGCUCUGCAGCGCCUCUCACACACCCACCAACAGAUGAAUAUCACUCCACCGUACACCCUCCCUCUGCCUCUAAGCGUUUUUUCCGCUGUGCCCUGCUGGUGUCAAGCAGCGUGGGGCGCGGAGCAGCAGAGGGAGCCAUGGAGGCAGCAGCGGAGGGAGCAGCAGAGGGAGCAGCAGAGGGAGCAGCAGAGGAAGCAGCAGCACCAGAAGGAGCAGCAGCUGCAGGGGGUCCUCUUGGGCUCUCCAGCAACCACGAAAAAGAUGAAGGGAGCUACAGGGGAGCAGCAGAAGAGGGAGCAGCAGGGGAGCAGCAGAAGAGGGAGCAGCAGGGGAGCAGCAGAAGAGGGAGCAGCAGGGGAGCAGCAGAAGAGGGAGCAGCAGGGGAGCAGCAGAAGAGGGAGCAGCAGGGGAGCAGCAGAAGAGGGAGCACCAGGGGAGCAGCAGAAGAGGGAGCAGCAGGGGAGCAGCAGGGAGCAGAAGAGGGAGCAGCAGGGGAGCAGCAGGGAGCAGCAGGGGAGCAGCAGGGAGCAGCAGAAGAGGGAGCAGCAGGGGAGCAGCAGAAGAGGGAGCAGCAGGGGAGCAGCAGAAGAGGGAGCAGCAGGGGAGCAGCAGAAGAGGGAGCAGCAGGGGAGCAGCAGAAGAGGGAGCAGCAAAGGGAGCAGCAGAGGGAGCAGCAAAAGGGAGCAGCAGAGGGGGAGCAGCAGAGGGGGCAGCAGAGGGAGCAGCAGAGGGAGCAGCAGAGGGAGCAGCAGAGGGAGCAGCAGAGGGAGCAGCAGAGGGAGCAGCAGAGGGAGCAGCAGGGAGCAGCAGGGGAGCAGCAGAAGAGGGAGCAGCAGGGGAGCAGCAGGGAGCAGCAGGGGAGCAGCAGAAGAGGGAGCAGCAGGGGAGCAGCAGGGAGCAGCAGGGGAGCAGCAGAAGAGGGAGCAGCAGGGGAGCAGCAGGGAGCAGCAGGGGAGCAGCAGGGAGCAGCAGGGGAGCAACAGGGAGCAGCAGGGGAGCAGCAGAAGAGGGAGCAGCAGGGGAGCAGCAGAAGAGGGAGCAGCAAAGGGAGCAGCAGAGGGAGCAGCAAAGGGAGCAGCAGAGGGGGAGCAGCAGAGGGGGCAGCAGAGGGAGCAGCAGAGGGAGCAGCAGAGGGAGCAGUAGAGGGAGCAGCAGAGGGAGCAGCAGGGAGCAGCAGGGGAGCAGCAGGGAGCAGCAGGGGAGCAGCAGAAGAGGGAGCAGCAGGGGAGCAGCAGGGAGCAGCAGGGGAGCAGCAGAAGAGGGAGCAGCAGGGGAGCAGCAGGGAGCAGCAGGGGAGCAGCAGGGAGCAGCAGGGGAGCAACAGGGAGCAGCAGGGGAGCAGCAGAAGAGGGAGCAGCAGGGGAGCAGCAGAAGAGGGAGCAGCAGGGGAGCAGCAGAAGAGGGAGCAGCAGGGGAGCAGCAAAGGGAGCAGCAGAGGGAGCAGCAAAGGGAGCAGCAGAGGGGGAGCAGCAGAGGGGGCAGCAGAGGGAGCAGCAGAGGGAGCAGCAGAGGGAGCAGCAGAGGGAGCAGCAGAGGGAGCAGCAGGGAGCAGCAGGGGAGCAGCAGAAGAGGGAGCAGCAGGGGAGCAGCAGAAGAGGGUCCUCCUGGGCUUCACCAUCCAGCACCCAAUCUGUGGCGCACCCAAGCCCCCCCCCCUUUGGUAUGGUGAGGUGAGGUGCAGGUCCCCCCAGUCAUCCCCUUGGUAUGGUAAGGCCACCCAGAGAGAGCACCGCCCAGCGCCCAGCAAGCAGCACGCGGAGAGGACUGGAGCUGCUGCACCCACUCGCGUGCUUCAUUCCGCUUCAACUCCACCCAUCUGCAUCCCACUGCACCGCACCGCAGCUAAGUGUCUCUACCUGCUCCCCCCCUCCUGCCAUGCUCCUUCAUCCCUCUGCUUUUUGCCACUCGUUUCCUCGCUCUCAGCUCGUCACUUCUUACUUGCCUUGUCAAUUGCUGCUCUCCUUGCUGCUUUCGCCCCUGCUGCACUUGUUGCUCCUUGA